AUGAUGAAUUUCGGAACCGAAACCACAACAGCAGCCAUGACCAAUGCCAUCUUCUUACUUUACAGCAAUCCAGCAAUACUCCAAAAGUUGAGCCUUGAAAGAUAUAAUGUCGUCCCGGCCGACACAAUACCCACAUACGACAAGGUAUCCCGAUUCCCAUACCUCCGCGCUUGUAUCGAGGAGCCUCGUCGAGUUAGCCCCGCACGCUCUUUUGGCCUGCCGAUAAUCGUCCCAAAAGGUGGCAAAGAGAUUGCAGGAAGAUUACCAGAGGGUGUUAUAGUUUCAGUCCCGACAUACUCGCUUCUUCGUGGCGGGGUGGUUUUGAAAGAUGCAUCUGAAUAUAUACCCAAUCGAUGGCUGACGGAUGAUCUGGAAGAAAAGAAGAAAAUGUUGAAUAAUCAUAUGUCUUUUAGUACAGGGCCUCGGGCGUGCAUUGGUCGGAAUAUUGCCUACUUUGAGCAGACAGUUGUCAUUGCCACUAUUGUGAAGGUCUUUGGUGGGAAGCUCAACGACGGUUUCCAGCCAGAGACCCAAGAACAAUUCAAUUCUAAUCCGGGGGAGCUACUAAUGGGGAUAACUCGGCGUUUGUUUUGA